CUGAGUGAAAAAAAAAAAAAAAAAAAAAAAAACACUUCCAUGUCUGUUUUCUCUAACUUUAAAUGCACGAUGAUGCUGAGUCUUCAAACACGUUCACCGUCGUUUUCCCUCAUUUUCUCUCCGUUCAAACACUAUUCUCCACUCUUCAAAUCCAAACCCCGUUUUUCAACGAUCAGAAUGUCCUCAAGCCAAAGUGUGGUGGAGCACGUUGUCCUCGUCAAGGUCAAAGAUGGAACGGAGCCUAGCAAGGUCAGCGCCAUGGUCAAUGCCAUGAACUCGUUAGCCUCCAUCGACGGGGUCCUGCAACUCACGGCGGGCCCACUUCUCCGUAACGGACCCACCACCGCUUUCACCCACAUGCUCCACAGCCGCUACCACUCCAAGGACCACCUCCAAGCCUACAACGUGCACCCGAGCCACCUCGCCGCCGUCACCGGCUUCCUCUUCCCAGUCUGCGAGGACAUCAUGGUUGUCGACUGGGUCGGCGCAAAAACGACCCUUAAUCCGUCGGCGACGGGAUCGGGCCUCCGCGUGAGGUUUUUGAAGCUGAAGGGGGGCGGUGGUGACGACCACGACGAAAUUAAGGUUAAAGACGAGGUUUUGAGUGUGGUACGAGGAAUGAAGGAGGGUGUCGGAGAAUUGUCUUACGGCGAGAAUUUCUCGCCGGAGAGAGCGAAGGGGUUCUCGAUCGCUUCGCUGUCUAUUUUCCCAGGACGGAAGGAACUGGAGAGUGUGAACCUGGAGGAAGGGUUGGUGAAGGUUGGGGAACAUGUGGAGGACGCCAUUGUUGUUGACUAUGUGGUGCCUUAGGCUUUGUCUCUGUUUUUGUUUCCACUUUUGUUACUGUUUUACGCUUCAAAGUUUCAAUUGAAUAAUUGGCAUGGCCAUGACAGAGACUUGCAAGAAAAAGGUUAUCGGAUUCUUGUAUGUAUUCUUCUUAAUUCAAUAACGAAAUUGAGAGAUCUAA